AAUGGACGAACCAUUGCUCUCAUACCAAUGAACCCGGAUUCGUGAAACCAAGAGAAAACUCACCGACAAAGAAGAGAAGAGAACAUAACGAGAAAAAGGAUGAGUGAGUUUACAGAUGAUAUAGAGAUGGGACUGAACAGUGACAAUAGUUUGGAUGAAUACUUCCUUGAUAAUGAUACCUUUGGCUUGAAUAAUAGUUCCAACAGCACAGGUGGUUCUAAUCCUGAACUAGAGAUGGUCAUACAUUCCUUUACUCAUGAUACUCAGGUUCUGAAAGGCGUGACUCACUUUGCAGUUAUUUCUGCAUACACGGUUCUUUGCCUCUUCUCAGUGAUUGGAAAUUCUUUGGUGAUGUUUGCUUUCAUGGGCAGAAAACAGCUCAGAACAGCCAGGAACAUCUUCAUCUUCAACUUGGCAUUCUCAGACUUGCUGUUCUCUCUGACCAUCCCGUUUACAGCACUGGAUGGACUAUCCAAUCAUUGGCCACUAGGGGACUCAAUUCUGGCUUGCAAGUUUGUAAAGACUAUGCCUUGCAUUGCAGUGUUUAUGUCCUCUCUAACCAUUGUGGCAAUUGCCCUAGACCGAUAUAGAGUUAUUGUUUCUUCAUCCGGCAAACAGAUCGGAGAACUUGGAGCCUGGCUUCUUCUCCCCUUCAUCUUCAUCCUCUCCUUCAUUCUCUCUACCCCGGUACUGAUGGCCUCUACCCUCGACUCCCUAGAGAACCUUCUGGAAAAGAUCUUUGGACUUCAAGAUCACUACCGAGCUCAAAUACAGGGUGUUCUAAUCUGUUAUGAGGAUUGGACCUUUGGAGUUAAGAGACAGGCAUCUAAGCAUGAUAGAAUAUGGUUCACAGUGUACUCCAGUGGAAUCCAGUUCUUGAUUCCUCUGAUCAUCAUCUCCGCCAUCUACUGGAGAAUAUACCUCUUCCUCAAGAACAACCGAUAUCAGGUCCAGGCUAUAAAUGAAAAGCAGAGAAAAACCAACAAAAUUCUUCUCGCCAUUUCAAUCACAUUCUGUGUCAGCUGGUUACCGUUCAGCGUGUUCUGUCUUCUCAGUGAAAUCUUCAACUUGUUUUCCGAUCCAGAGAAUAUGAUGCUUGUAUUCUGUUUGUGUCAUCUCCUUGGACUCACCAGCUCCUGUUCUAAUAGUAUCCUGUACGCUUUCCUUAAUGAUAAUUUCCAGAAGGAAAUUUUCCAAAUAUUUUCCUGUUUCAAACAAUCACCGAGGUUUACCAGACGCACACAGACUCCCAGAGAGAGGAAUCUAAACCAAUCAAUGAUGGUGUCAAUGUCCCACUGCUCUUCUUCUUUAAUCAAGAAAUAUCGGAGCAGCAACAAAACUGACUCUGCCCCCAGCAGCCAGCUCAACGGAUCCUCGGGUGAAAUCAUUAACGGGAGUCGAGAUCAUCUUCUUGGUAACAAAGAAGCGGUUUCCUUCAUCCCUAUGAUCUUCAACAACAACCCUGACACCUGCAAGGGUUCUAACAACUGCCAGAGCUCCAAGACCCUCUAUGGAUCCACUAGAGUUCAAGGUGCUAAUAGCUCCAACCAGGAGAUAGCCGACACCUAUGUUUAGACGAUCAGAGAUCUAACCAUAUGCAUAGACUAGAUAUAUACACUACACAGACUGCUAAUCAGCUUUCACGGGCUGGGUUUAGUAGGUCUAUAGUGGUACCGGUACAAAAGGUUUUUGACCGCCAUCUAACCGUCAUUAACCUAACCUAACACUUUUAACAUCAAAUCAUAAAACUUAUGAAUUAAGACUAUUUUAUAUUUUGUAUCCAAAGAAUCCUUAAAUAUCCCUGAAUACAGACGUUUGCUUAUUGGUUGUGUACUCCAUUUGUACACGAUCGAGUUCGUUGUAGAAAAUAUCGCAUAUUCAAACCUUAUAUAUAUCUCUGUACUCUCUUAUCUCUGGAUAUAACAUUGCAUAAAAUAUCAAUAAUCACAAUUCAUGUAAUUUAUAACCAGAUAGAAAAAUUUUAAAAAUAGAUAUGUUUUGUAGAUUCUGAAUGGGCUAACCUUGAUUACAUAGGAGACAGAUUAGUUUUGCUUUCCUAAGGAAUCAACAUUUAAAAAAUUGUAUUUUCAGCUUUCUAAUAAUAGAAGGAAUCUAAAAAUGUUCUUUUAAGAUAAUCUUUGAUUUUCGACAGCUAUCAAUAAGUUUCUUUUUUGGACAAUUUGAAACUUGUACUGAAUCUAAACUCACCAAGGAUCAAUGAACCUUGAAAAGGAUCUUAUUACAAUAAUUACUACGUAACAAUUAUUGCGAAACUGAUUAAUUGGUAAUAAGAAUCCCCUGUUUUGUUUGUUUGUUGGAAGAACGGUGUUUCAACCAAUGAGUGGUCUAGACGUGUUUCCAAUCGGGACCAAUCAGAAGCCAGGAUUUUUAAACUUCUGCUAGUCCAUUAUAAAGUUUUUAACCUAGCCAGUCUGAUUGUAUCUCAAUCAAAAAUGUUCUUUUCCUAACUGUAAAAUCAUGUAAGAGUUAAUUUUUGAAUGGAAGACAAAUAAAUUCAUAUUUUUUCAUAAAACCGAAUGUCUUAAGCGAUGGCCCGGAGCUUUUAAAUUGCUACUUAACAUUAAAUCAUAUCUUCCAUUUAAAUUUUUUUUUUCUUCAAUUUUUUACAAACUUAAUUUUUUUCUUCAAACAAUAGACCAAUUCAAUUUUAGAAAUAAAAUCAAGCAAAAUCCUUAAACUGGGACCAAAGUUGUGAAAAUCUGAGCCCACUGUGAUUCCUAUCUUUGGCUCUUGGAUUUCGAGGUGCUUGCUGUUUUUCCUUUCAUUGAGUAAAAAAAAAAACAAAAAAACAGAAAUUUACAUUUUUUAACACAAUCAUUUCUUAUAUUUUUUAUUUGAGUAUAAAAAAUUGUGUAGUUUAAAAUGGAAUGACAUGAGUAAAUAUUGAUAUAAGAAAUUGUAAUACCCUCUCUGAAGUCAUAUAAAAUUUAUGGACUGUCAACUUAUUUUAUUGUAGUUCUGUAUUGUGUAUGUUUAAUUGUACAAUAGGUAUUAUUUUACCAAUGUGAAACUGAAAACAAUUUAUUCCAACCGAAACAAAAUUAAAAUAGAUUUUUUGGAUCGUUCCCAAUUUUUGAGAGAAGUCAUGUGAUGUAGAAAUACAAAAUAAUAAAUUCUAUUUUCAAAUUUACUAAAAAUAAUAUUUAUUCUUUAAAAAAAAUAUUUUUUAAUGAGAGCCCAAAAUGUAUUUUUCUAAACAUGAUCUUCAAUUUUGAAACUGAGAAAACUAGUGAUAAAUUGUUUAAGAUGUCUAAAUUAAAGUGUGGUUUAUAUGUAUCGUAUUAUUGUUGUCUUUCAAAUAGUGAUUUUAACAUUUCAAAAAAACUAAACAAUUGCCUCAAAUUGAAAUUUUCUAAUACUCAUAUCUUUGAAAUCUGAUGUUUACAGAACUUGGAUAUUUUAACUUAGUUGUGCCAAAUAUAAUAGUCAAAGUUUGAAACAUUAAGGUUGCAAAGAUAUAUGUGACUAAAAGAUUAGAGUUUGAGGCAAAUGUUCAGAAUUAUUAAAACUCGGAAUUUCAUAUAACCAACAUCGUGAAGUAUAAGUGUUAUUAAAAUUCUUUGAAAUUAAAAUCUGAGCUGAAAACUUUUGAAGCGAAUAUCCUUAAUCCCGAUCUGUUAAUUAAUCUGGAGAUCAAUAACAAGAGGAGAACAAGCUAUAUUUAAUCUGGAGGUAAAGAAAGAGAGAGGAUUGAUUUCGAUAUCCACCAUUCUAAAGUUUACUGUUCUGUUUUACUUUCUUAAUAAAGUAACCCCCUAUUUAUUGUGAUACUGUUAUUUGUUAAUAAAUGUUUUUA